AUGGAGAACCGGAAACGACCGUCGGAGGCAGCGUCGUUCCCCGACGACAGCUUCAAAACGCCGGAGAAGAGAGCGCCCGGGAACCCGCCGCCGGACCAGGACUACACCCGAUGGGGCGUGGAGGAAACGUGUCGGUACCUGCGGGCUGAGGGUCUGCGGGAGUGGGAGAACACGUUCAGAGAGCAGAGAAUAACUGGUGUGGGGCUGAGGUACCUCGAUGACUCGGGUCUGCAGGGGAUUGGAGUAAAGCUCCUCGGUGACCGUCUGCGGAUCCUGCACAGCACCAGGAAGCUGUGGCAGAUAGCGGCAGAGCCAGGCAAGGUCUUUAAUGAUCCCAUCCACGGGCAUGUGGAGUUGCACCCACUUCUCAUCAGAAUCAUUGACACACCUCAAUUCCAGAGACUGCGAAACCUUAAGCAGCUGGGAGGGGCCUACUUUGUCUUCCCCGGAGCGUCCCACAACCGCUUUGAACACAGCAUCGGGGUUGGUCAUUUGGCAGGACAACUUGUACAGGCUCUAAAUGACAAGCAGCCAGAACUCCUCAUCUCUCGGAGAGACAUCCUCUGCGUGCAGAUCGCUGGGCUCUGCCAUGACCUGGGACAUGGGCCAUUUUCCCAUUUGUUUGAUGGGAGGUUCAUCCCCAAAGCACGUCCUGGUAUUACCUGGAAGCACGAGCAGGCCUCUUUGAAAAUGUUUGAUUACCUGGUUGAGAUCAACAACUUGAAGCCGGUGAUGGAGCAGCAUGGCCUGGUGCUGCCUGAGGACCUGGAGUUCAUCAAGGAGCAGAUUGCUGGACCAUUGGGCACUAAAGCUAAAGGGUGGCGUUACAAAGGCCGCCCAGAGGCCAUGUCCUUUCUCUAUGAGAUUGUGGCCAACAAAAGAAAUGGCAUUGAUGUGGAUAAGUGGGACUACUUUGCAAGGGACUGCUACCACCUGGGCAUCAAGAACAACUUUGAUUAUCAGCGCUGCCUGAUGUUCGCCAGGGUGUGUGAGGUGGACGGGCAGAAGCAAAUCUGUACCAGAAACAAAGAGGUGGGCAAUCUGUAUGAUAUGUUCCACACAAGGAACUGUCUCCACAGAAGAGCCUACCAGCACAGUGUUUGCAACAUCAUAGAGGUCAUGAUCACUGAGGCCUUUCUAAAAGCAGAUCCACACAUCCAGAUUAAAGGCUCAAAAGGGAAGAAGUUCACUCUCUCCACGGCCAUAGACGACAUGGAGGCCUACACCAAACUGACAGAUCAUGUGUUUGAACGAAUACUCUACUCGUCCUCCGAGGAGCUCGCUGAACCGCGGCAGAUUCUCCAAGACAUCGUCUGUCGACGCCUCUACAAGUGUCUGGGCCGAACCAAGCCAAGAGAACCUCUGGAUGUCACCCCGGAUGCGAUUAAAGACUGGGAAAAAGAAUUGGCCGAAUCCACCCCUCAGAGUGUCCAGGGCUUCCCGGAUGUCCAGGAUGUCCAGGAUGUCAAACUGCAGCCAGACGACUUUAUAGUUAGCGUAAUUUCUCUGGACUAUGGGAUGAAGGAUAAGAACCCCAUCAACAAAGUGCGAUUCUAUUGCAAAGAUGACCCAACUAAAGCCUUCCAGAUACGCGAGGACCAGGUGUCAAAUCUGCUUCCGGCGCAGUUCAAUGAGCAGCUGAUCCGAGUCUACUGCAAGAAGAGGGAUGGAAAGACUGUGGAGGCCGCCAAGAAGCAUUUUGUUCAGUGGUGCAACAACAAAAAAUCCUCAACGCCUACGGACGCAGACAUCAUAGCGCCGGAGCUGACCCCUAUGAAACCCGUCAGGUUGAACAACAAUGGCUGUGAUGAUGGAGGCUCCAGUAACAACGCUGUUAGAGAGAUUGAGCCGAAAAAAGCCAAAAGAAAGCUUUAGAAUAAGAGGAGGAGAGUGACUACCCCUCUUACACUUUCAGUAGAUGAGAAGUGUUGAGUCAACAUUAUAUUUCUCUACAAGGUCAGUGUGUUGAUUGAAGCUUGAAACUAAGCAAUUUUUUACAAGCAAAAGAAAAGGGGAAAAAGAAGCUCGGGGACUAUCCUCAGGGUUUUUAA